GAGUAUAAGAGAGAUGACGGUGGAGAUAGACAACGGCCUGGCAUCUAAAGAAAGGCUGAGGAUUUCCUCAAGAGGAUCCCAGGAACAUAUUUCCUUCCCAAAUGAGCUGACUGAGACAGAAGAUGAUCGGAGGAAGGAAGAAGGUGAGGAAGCUCAUCAGCAAAUCCCAGAUAAAGUUAAAAAUGAAGACCUGAAAGAAAACGUCACGAAUCGAGGCAAACCGAUGAGAAAGAAUGUCGCUCGUAUGGUUGAGAAGAGAGAUGGAAGACAGUUUAAUGUAGAUAUUCCAAAGAACAAGAUAAUAAAAGCAAGUAACUGCAUUGAAUGCUCAGAGUGUGGAAAGAGAUUUGGUGUGAGUGAGCAUCUUAAACAGCUUUGGAGAACCAACACAGGGAGGAAACCUUUUGAAUAUUCAGUGUGUGGAAAGAGAUGCAGUGUGAGUGGGAAUCUUCAAAAGCAUCUGACAAACCACACAGGGAAGACACCUUUAAAAUGUUCAGCAUGCAGAAAGAGAUACAGUCGGAGAGGCCAUCUUCAACUUCAUCGAAGAAUGCACACAGGGGAGAAGCCUUUUGAAAGCUCAGAGUGUGGAAAGAUAUUCAGUCAUAGAGGACAUCUUCAAGUGAAUCAGAGAACACACACAGGGUCUGGUGGAAAAAGCGGAAGCACAGUGGUGAACAACUUCACUCUGCUGGGUCCCAGGGGUAGAUGGGUCCAGGCGGGCAGGCCCAUGCUGAGAGCUGGUAGAGUGAUUUUGUUAUUGGGGUAA